AUGUCGAGUGAGCAAGCACUUCGUGGAGUAAGUUCACAGAUUCCACCAACGAAUCAAGGCUACGUCGAAUUGCUGGAACACAUGCUUGAAGAGAGCUUUGCCAAGAUGCUGCCGACACUAAAGCUCUAUAUGGAUGCCCUUGGCAAGAAUCUUGAGUUAAUAUCAACUUUGGGGCAAUAUGAAGUCUCGACAAAUGACACAAAGUACCAAGUUCUCUUCUUCCUUCAAGAUUGUAGAAAAUUUAUCGAUGUUUUGGCUGACGUCAACCCGACUAUAAAAAUCAUUCGAGAUGGUCUAAGAAUUUUUGGAGAAAUAGAAGCCUUCGCUCCAAACCAUAUACGCGAUUCGAUUCAGCACAUUUCAAUCGAGGACACACAAAUGCAUUUUCUCCAUUUCUUUGUGGAGCCUGAGUGA